CUGUUUCAGAAAGAAAAAGAAUGUGCAUCGGAUAGUGAGAGUGGAGUGACGGGUAAUGUGACGAAGGAUCACCAUCCCAUUCUCUUGAAUACAAUUGCCACUGCGGCUGGUUGCGAGCCAGACAGCAUAUUGGAUUUGGACUUACGAUCGGAGGAAUUUAUGAAGAAUUCAUCUGUGGACAACGAAUGGAUAACUUGGUCGGCGCAUACACAUGGCCUUUUGAACAGUGUUGCAGCCGAGGAUGCGCUUGUGGAUGAAGAGAAUAUUCGUUUGGCUAUUUGCUUUGAUAACGAAGAGUGCGGAAGUGAGUCGGCACAAGGUGCGGCCAGUACUUUUACCGAAUGGGUUCUUCGACGUUUAGCAGCGGGUGGCACGCAGACGGCUUUCGAGGAAGCUGUCGGGAAGUCAUUCCUAAUCAGCGCCGACCAAUCACACGCACUGCAUCCCAAUUACAAGGAGAAAUACGAUGACUGCCACAGGCCCGAUCUCCAUGGCGGUGUGGUGGUGAAAAUAAAUGUUAAUCAACGAUAUGCAACAACUGGCACCACUCAUGCAAUUUUGAAGCAAAUUGCAUGCAUAGCCGGAGUACCUCUUCAGGUUUUCAUUUUGCACUCGUUUAGGCUAUUUUUUUUUUUUUGAUU